GUUAAAAAAAAAAAUCACACAUCCUUCGCCUUGGUUUCCGUUUCUCGUUUCGCGACACCACUCUACUACCCUAAACGCGGUCCUUUACAUCACCAUUUCACACGCCGUUGAUUCAAUAGAGGAGUGCAUUCAGAUCAAAUCCAUUUAAAUUACAAUAUAACGUGUAUUGUGAUAAAAAAAAAAGACACAAUGAACCCCUACUCAAGGCCGAUUAAACACAUCCAGCGCGAGGAUCUGUACACCAACCUUGAAGUCCGAAUCCAAUAUCUCCACUCAUUUCUCGACUUUUCAAGUCGUGACAUCGAUGCUCUCAUCAGCGACUCCAAAUACAUCAAGGCUCUCAUCCCCGCCGUUGUCAACAUUGUCUACAAAAAGCUCCUCCAGUACGACAUUACUGCCCGCGCCUUCACCACCAGAAGCACAUCUUUUGAGGGUCCUCUCGAUGAAAUCCCCGAUGAAAAUAGCCCGCAAAUUCUACAUCGCAAGAUGUUCUUGCGGGCAUACCUGAACAAGCUGUGUUCAGACCCAAGCAAAAUGGAGUUUUGGGAGUAUCUCGAUAAGGUCGGCAUGAUGCACGUUGGUCUUGGCCGAAAACAUCCCCUGCAUAUCGAAUACGUCCAUCUGGGCGCAUGUCUAGGGUUCAUUCAAGACAUCAUGAACGAGGCCAUCCUCUCCCAUCCGCGCCUUCACAUCCAGCGCAAAAUCGCCCUCGUCAAGGCCCUCAACAAGGUCAUAUGGGUGCAAAACGACCUUAUGGCUAAGUGGCACGUCAAAGAUGGCGCCGAGUUCGAGGCACCCGACUCCGACAUUGAGAUUGAGCGUGAGGGAUACCUCCACGGCAAGAAGAUCCUCGAUGAAGAUGAUAUGAAGGACCAUACGAAUGCUGAGGGAUCUCCUGAUGCGGAGGACAGGCCGAGAGCGCAGGGGACGUGUCCCUUUUCUGGCGUAUCAGCUGCCGGAGCGUCGGUGAGGAAGGGAGUUUCUGAAGAGGCAAACUAAGGAUAGAAUGAUGCUGGGAUGAAAGCGAAUGAUGAAAUUUCAUAAAGUCCGGUCAUGAUAUCCUUGCCAGGACUUGAUCUUUGUAUUACUAUUACUAUUACUAUUAUUAUCAUCAUCGUUGCGAUGAAGUUUGGUAUCAUGAGUUAACGGCGUCGGGCUAUAUUCGUAGGUGGAAAUGGACAAUAAACACUCAACACAUUGAGGUAGUGUAUGCAUUCUAGGUAUGAAUUCCAGCAUA